UCAAGUUGGUUAUAUUGCGUUGGUAGUCGUGACUUGUGCUCGUCCAUUUUAAUCCGUUAUUCCAAUAUCAGAAAAGACACCACUAAGCUAUCCGUGGGCGUGUGUAAAAAUGUUGUGCCCAUAAUCAACGCGUCUUCGUAUUCGCAAAAUUCUUGGAACCGUUUAGUACCAAUACAUUUCGAACUUUUUACGCUCAUGGUUUUCGAAAUCACGAGUUGUGCCGCGCAUCUCAUCUAUAUCUUGGCGCUACGUGAGGUGCGGCGUCCGGUUCAUGCUUGCUACCUUUUCGACUUUCCGCUUUAGCGCCGUCUUCGUUCGCUACUAAUUUAUUACCCGCACUGUGGUGUGAUUUAGGUUUGCUGCUCGUGUUUUUGUUGUGAACUGUGACUUUUGCAUACAGGCAUAUAUUUUGCAUAACCAAAAGUGUAAGUGCUGCGUUUGCCAUUGUUGCCACUGAUGCGUUACUCUUUGAGCUCUUGCUUUCAUUGUGCUUUUACGUGUGUCCUUUUUACCAUUCUUCGUAUAUUUCCCCAUUCGUUAGCGCGACCGAACUUGUUUUUUCGCUCGCUUUUAUGUUGAAUUGAAGUCUGCAGCGUUAGUGAGUAUACAACAUCAAAAUUCCUUCACAAACACCUAUGGAAGUGUGAGUUUAUUUGUGCAGAUGUGUGUGUGCAUGUAUGCGAGCAGAGCCCAAAGUAAUACAACCGGAUAUAAGUGUGCGACAACCGGCUUUAUUAGCCCAUCGGAUGUUGGCUUCAGGAAGUGUGAAAGAUGCAUAAUCUCUUCUGCGUGUGAAACUUGCCAAAUGUGUUCUAGUAAUCGAAAUGAAAAAGAAAAUUAAUUACAUGAAAAAAAUGUAUUAAAUUUUUAUUAUGUGCGCGUAUCCUAAACACAGGAUCCAUUGAAGGGUUCAGAGUGGUAAAAUAAUAUUGUUUUAUUCAAAAUCCAUACAAGGUGUGAAAAUUUAACUCAGCAAUAAUCGCUCUUUAUGCUGAUCCACUACAUAUAUACUGCAUACAUAUAUUUAUUGUUCGAUACAUGCAACAGCUGCACAUGGAGUCAGCGUGACAGCUGUUUAUGAACCCAAAACGAAAGGUGUUACUUCCACGUACAUGAAAAAGGCUAUACAACGUUAAAUCAGACAUAUUUAAGUAUUUACAUGAACGAAUUUUGCAAGCAACUACCAAAAAGGACACAAACAUUGAAAGCUUCCAAUUUUCACACAAAAGUUGAACUGAUUAGAAACUGAAAUCCAAGCGCCUGUGACUGUGGGUGUGACUGAGCAAAAGAAUAAAGGUGUGUACGUGUGCGCGGGAAACAAGCGGCAGUAACGCCGGUACCAUAUACGGAUAUGGAAGUGCGGGGGAAAUGUCAGUGGCAAGCUAGUCAUGAACCACAAAUGCUACUUCAAUUGCAGCAACAAGCCCAACGGAAAUGCCACCAAAAGCGAAAUGAAAGUACAAACCACCUACGAUUACAUAAAAUUCAACAGCAGCAACAACAAAAACACUACACUAACGAAAAACAUUUAAUAAUCACACAACGGCGACUGAAAACACAAAACGAUGAGCAACAGCAAAGACGAAAGCACUCACAGCAAGAGCCGCAACUAUCACCCAUUUGUCAUCAUCUAUGGCCAAUGCCACCAUUGCACGCACACGCACCCACACGCACGCCACGGUCAAAGGAUUCACCCACAUCAUCAAAGCCAAAUGUGGUCAACAAAUUGGUGCGCGUCACUGCGAUUGUUACUUCUUGUAGCAUAGCGGCGUCGACGGAGGCAGUGGCGAAAACAAAAAUACUCUCUAUAGUAGCAUGUAGUUGGGUGAAACGACUUUCUUGUCUUUGGUUGCUGGCGCUGCUCAGUUCCGCCCAAUUCACGCCAAGAGGUACAAUAACCGCCGCGGCUAGUACAGCUGCAGCUGCCACAAGCGUACUUAAUUCGCCAAAACUACUGCCGUAUGUGAUAUUCACCACCGCCACCACAGUGCUGGGUCAGGCAUCCGUUGCACAUGCGGCUGUCCUCUCUGCAGCUACAGCCACCACCCAUGAACCACGGCUAAUGCUCUACAAAUUUUCCACUGAUGUAGCAGAGGCGGCGGAAAUGAAUGUUGAUGCGGAUGCGAUGGUGCAGGUACAGGUGAAGCGUAUUAACUUUAUGGAUAAUAAUGAUGAUAAUCCGGCGGCUCCGCCAAUACUUGGGAAGCUUAGACAGGAAGAGGUGGCGUCAGAGCAAGAAUCAUUGUACGAUGAGGAUGAACAGCUGCCGCAACAGACGGUCGAGCGUGAAUUGAAUAGUAAUGAACAGCAGUUACUUAUAUUCUAUAGACGGGCACAACAUGCGACUGAGCCACAUGAACAUCAGAGGCGACAACCACAGUAUGCGGACCAACAUGCUGCAUCUCAUCAUCAUUACCAAGCCAGCGACGAAGAUGAAGCAUCGCCAUCCUUCCUCGAUAGGUCAAAGUUUCAUUACGUCGAUACAGCGCCAAUAGAUACCGAUGUGAUUUCGACACUUACCAAUGGGGAAAAUUUGGUGCACAAGCAUGUUACCAAACGUAGUGCAACAACUAAGUUGGCAUCGACAACGGUUACACCACCAAGUGGUACGACUGGAACUACUUUAAGUUCCCUUAAUACUACGAGCAAUUUAACAUCAGCGGCGAAUAGUACAGUGGAGGAGAAGUGUGAACCGAAGGUGUUGGAUGAGGUGCCACCCGAACCGUUCUUUGAUUUCUCCGACAUAGCCCAAGAUGCCGCCCACCAAUUCACCGAAUUUAUAGUGAGUAAAUUUGGCAGCUCCGGCCCAUCAACACAGCAGGCUAUCACUACAGAGUUGCGGGAAGAGUUGCAGCGCCGUGCCAAUGGCAUUGCCAGCUAUGCUCUGAAUGAGGAUGAGAAUCUCUUGGCGUUCGCUAUUGCAGCGCCGAGUAUACAAACGGUUGUGGUCAAGUUCAGGGAUGAUGUAACGAUACCACCGCAUCAGGCAAACAAUAAAGCAUUUCUUGGUUCCUAUUGGCGUGAGUUAGGUGUGGCGUGGAACAGCACCGAAGGCACACAGGAAUGGGGCGCGCCAUUUAGAGAUUGCAAUGUACUGAAAGGACGUUGGUUGUGGCCGUUUCGCAUUACGUUUAGUGAAAAUAAAAUAAAAAUUGCUGCUGCCGCAUUAAUCGCCGCUGACGAAGAUGUCUGCAAUGAUGGGUUGGAGGAAGUCUUCGGACGAAAACAUGGUUGCGAUCGCAAUACCACAUUUUGUUUGCUUACCGAAAAUAAACCGGCGGCAACGAGAGAUGUCUACACCUGCAUCUGUCGCGAAUCUUUUUACUUGCCCAACUCAACUCUCCAAGGUUUUCGUGGUGACAUUGUCGAAACAUCUGAGGGAUAUAGCAAUUAUUCGUGUAUACCCUGUCCGGAUGGCUGUUCAACGUGUGAUCAGUAUGGCGUCUGUUUGUUGGGAGAGCCACCCGAAAUAGUGUCAGUGGAGAGCUUAUUGAAUGUAUCUGUGGGAUCGAUUUUGGGUGCGUGUAUGCUUUGCUGUAUAGUAUUGAGUGUGAUUGUAUUCCGGCAAAGGAAGUGUAAGGCGAUCGCCUCGGGUAUGUGGACAGUGCUGGAAACAAUUUUAUUGGGAAUUAUAUUACUUUAUGCAUCGGUUGCCGUCCACUUUUUUCCCGCCAGCACCGAACGCUGCUUACUUGAACCGUGGCUGCGCGAAGUCGGCUUCGUAACCUGCUACGGCGCCAUCAUACUGAAACUCUAUCGUCAUCUGAUCGACUUCAGAACGCGCAAAGCACAUCGCUGGGUACUGCGAGACAUCGAUCUACUCAAAUAUUUGGGCACCAUGAUAUUUGCAGUCAUCUGCUAUAUGGCCGCCUUCACUGCCGCAGCGCUGGAUUUGAUUCAAGUGUCACAGUUGGGUUCAUUGCGUGAGCAACGUACCAACACUUGUCUGCCACUCAAGUGGGAAUAUGUGACGCAAGUCAGCGAGGUUCUGAUAAUUUGCUUUGGACUGCAUUUGGCCUUCGCCAGUCGUAAUGCCAACACACAAUUUAGAGAAAGGCAAUUUCUCGUUGCGACAUUGGUCAUUGAAUUUCUUGUGUCGACAACGUUCUAUGUGCUGCGCUUCUUCUAUUUGCCCGAAAUGAGUCCCAGUGCUAUUUUCCUAGCGCUUUUUCUACGUUCGCUAUUGACCAACACCAUGGCGUUGGGUUUGAUAUUUGUGCCAAAAUUGUGGUAUCAGCAUAAGCAGGUCCCCUUGCCCAUGAAUCUAUCAAUACGUUUACCUGUGGAUGCUUUCAAGGUCAAUGAUCCCCAACGCCUUGGCGGUGGUUAUGCUGGUCUAUGUUUGGGUGAUCCCGAUAUUGGUGAACUAACUAUUGCCGAAAUGAGCCCAGAGGAUAUACGUGCUGAACUCAAAAGACUGUAUACACAACUCGAAAUUUUAAAGAAUAAAACCUUACGUCAAGACAAUCCGCAUAUAAGUAAGCGACGUGGUGGGCGGAAAGCUGGGCAUCGUCGAUUUUCGUUACAAGCUUUAAGUGCCAAACAUCGUAGCAACAAACACCAUCAGGAUAUUGAAAUCACCGAAGCCGAACCCUCACGCACACCCGAGGACUCAGUGUGCAGUGUUGAAGGGCCAACGGAUGCGGAGAUAUCAGGCAUUUCCCAUUCGAUGUUAUCACAUUCAGCCAUUUCACAUUCCAUCGUUUCGCAUUCGAAGUGAAAUACAAAGGGGAUGACUUGGGUGUAAAAUAAAAGAGUAGAAGGAAAUGAGCAAAUCGAAAUGCAAUCGAAAGAACGAAGAAUAAUAAAAUCAUAUACAACAACAAGGUUGUGGAAAGCCGCAGAAAUAUUACAGUAAAAAAAAUGAAAAUAAAAGGGUGUUAAGUGUAAAUGCAUAAGAAACCAGUUGAAAGAGUAAAAAAGAAACAAAACCAGAUAUUGUUAAAAUUAUAAAAGAAUAAAAGGUAAGCGGAUAUAAAAAAUA